CAACGAUGAUCGGAUGACGAUAAUAUAUUUUAUAUAAAAAAAGACUGAUUUUAACGACAUCAAUCAUGGAGAUGGGGAAAGCAAUCAGUCAGAAGAUCAGGGAAGCCAUAAGAGCUAAACUGAUUGACCUGGGAAAUUAUGUUGAUGAAGAGUUACCAGACUACAUCAUGGUGAUGAUUGCUAACAAGAAAACAGAAGCACAGAUGAAAGAUGAUCUUACUCUCUUUUUGGGUACUAACACAGAUAAAUUUUGUGGAUGGCUUCAAGGUGUCCUCAAUAAGCUACAAGCAGCAAGAGAUGAACAGAAGGAGAAGAAAGAAAAAUCUAAAGACAAGAAGAAAAAAAGUAAGAAAAAAGAUGAAAAAAAAGAGAAAAAACACCGGUCUACAAGUGAGAGCAAAGCAGAUGACAAUGGAGAAGGGAGCAAAUCAUCAGCUGAGAAAGAUAUUGUACAACAACCAAAAGAAAUGACCCCAUCAACUGAAGUCACGAAGAUCAGUGAACCUGUUGAUGAAGCAAGUCAGAAACCUGCACAGGCUGCUCCCGAAACCAUCACAGAAACUGCUACUUCUUCAGAGUCUGCACCAGCACCUUCCUCAACUCAACCUGUAAUAUCCCUCAUCCCAGACACUAAUGAUUUCUUGGAUGAAGAGAUUAAGAUGAAUGAAGCAGCAAAGAAACCAGCUGCUACCGACUCUGUAAAGCCUACACAAGUGAAAGGCAAGGUCAAAGUCCAGACUAUUGCAUUGCAACCACAGACAUCACCCAAAGAGAAAGCCAAAGAAGUCAAGGUGGUGCCUAAAGCAACAAGGGAGCAUUCUCUUCCCAUCACUGUUACUAUGGGUGGAGGGAGCUCUAGGAUGCAAGCUAAAGUUAGUCCAGAGUCUGCCCCUGCUAGAGGCUCAGUCAAGUCACGCCUUGGUGUUCCUGCCAUCAAGAGAAAAACAGAAAUGGAGGGGAAAAGGACCUUCACUACAAUGUCAACAGUAGUCAAAGUACCAAUUGUUUCCAUGAAAAGGCCAGGUCCAGGGUCUGUCAUUGGUCAAGUUAUUGAAGGCAAAGAUGAGGAUUCGGAUGAUGAACCAGUGGUCAAAAGAGUAGCCAGCACUGUCAAGCCACGAAGAAGACAACCCUUACCAAAGACUAAACAGAACAGCAUGGCAUUGUUAAAGAAAGCUAUGACACAAGCGCAGGAGUCAACAAGUGUGUUUCCAGCUGCCGGUCAAUUUGCGGAACCAAGGAGAAUGAUUGUUAGAUCUGCUAGCCAGUCGGGAACUAUGAAGAUAGUUGCUAGGUCUAUCCCAGCUGACAAAGAGCCUUCCAGCCAGACACAAGCAGCACCUAAGAAAAUGUUUGCAGUAGCUGUGAGGGAGGCAAGCAAGUCUGAAGUCACUCCCAAACCAUCAACAAAAGCCUCUGUGACUGUCAGACCUCUUGGCCUCAUGUCAAGAUCCCGUUUUAAGGAAGCCAAUGAGAGAGACUUUGAUGCACAUACCUACCAAAGAGUUGAGAAGAAGGCUGAAGCGGAAGAGGAGGAAGGGCAGGAGGAGGAGCAGCAAGAGAGUGUAGAAGAGAAUGUGGAAGUGAAGGAAGAUGAUGACGUUGAAACGGAAGUUGAAUUAGAAGGAUCGGCAGCAGCGGACAGCACAGAGGAAAGUGAGGAAGAUGAUGAUGAUCAACGUCAGAUAAUCAAUACGAUGGAAACAGAUAAAGGAGAAGCGGUAGUUGUUGUGGAAUGUGAUGAGGAAGAUAUGAAGGUUGUAGAACUAAUUGAAGAGGAUGAAAGAGUGAUGGAGAUACAGGAACCAGUAUAUGACACCAGGAAUACCACCAUAGUUAGACCUCUUCAGUUUGAUAGACUCACAUCUCUUCAGAAAAGAGAGCCACCUCAGCCUCAAGUCUAUGAAACCCCAUCUCCUGCACCAGAGGACUCCAGCCCCCGAUUUAUCGUCACCAUGGAGGGUAAAAAACAGAGGUCUAAUAUUCGUCCCAAUGUCAGAGGUACAGCCAAACAAGCACCUGCCAUGUCUACUCAAUACCGCCCUACACCCAUCUCCCAGCUGGACCCAAAUCAACGAUUCCUUCUCUCUCAGUAUGAGCCAAGUGAAGAGAUGGAGAUGGAUUCUUUGGAAGAAAAAGGAUUUAAUUACGAACCAGUUCAACCAAUGCAAUAUCAGCAGGUGAUUAUAAAAAAGAGCUCAUCACUGAUAGGGAAGGAGGUUCCAGUAAAGCAAGUUGGUCCUAGUGAACAUCAGCCAGUGAAAGAUUCUCUAUAUUCACCUCCUCAACCCCAGAUUGCACCUGUAACAUUCUCACUACAGGAGUCUGAUGAAGAACAUAUUGAAAUGGAAGAGAAAGUAAAUGAGAGAUGUAAGUUUUGGCCAGCCUGUAAGAAUGGCAAUGAUUGUCCCUUCUUUCAUCCAAGUACACCUUGCAGAACAUUUCCAAACUGCAAAUUUGGUGACAAGUGCCUGUUUAUACAUCCCAAUUGUAAAUUUGAUGCGACCUGUAUGAAUCCCACCUGCCCAUACACCCAUGCUACAAGGACUAAACCAGCCCCUGUUAUUAUUCAAGCUCCUCCAGUUAGAGCCUUUACUUCAUUCAAACAAGCAACUGCAAGCAAGACGAUAUGCAAGUUUUAUCCCAAUUGCAGUAACUCUAAGUGCCCAUUCAUCCACCCUGUUCAAAAGAUGUGUAGAUACAAUAGAUCCUGUACCCGUCCUGAUUGCAAGUUCCAACACUCCCAUGUAACAUCUAGGUCAGCAAUGAAAUGGACUAAAGAUCAACAUAUCAGUGAAAGAAAGUUUGCCAGCAAGUUACCAGCCUCAUGAAGCCUACCUACAUGAUUCAGUGAUCAAUGUCAUCAUAAUCAAUCUUAUCUCAAGGGCACAGUUCUCAAAUACUGAUUGCUGUAAUAGGGUAAUGUUCUGAAGCAGUACAUGACAUAUAUUGCAAACCCAACUGUGAAAUUGCCAAUCUCUAGCCAAUGUCUAAAAGAUUUCUGUUUUCGUACAUGAGUCAAGAUGUGAUGGAAGCCAUGGCUUAGGCAAGUACAAAGCCAACAGUAUUGACUUAUCCCUUGGCAUUGGAUAUGUGCAACAUCCCUUUGCAUGCAAUAGAUUUAAUAGAGGAUGGGGGCUUAAGUGGCGGGAUAAAUUUAUAAAAUGGAAAGAUGUUGUGAAGAUGAGAUGUAUGUCUGCUCUCCAAACCUUAGAUCGCUAUUCAUAGAAGAGCACAUGAGCUGUAAAAGAUUCAUGUCAUUUUUUUCCUCUUAAAAUUUAUGUCUUCUCUGUCGACCUGACCUAGAAUUUGUAUAUGAAACUUCAACAUUGUGUCCCCUUUCUUAAGCAACGACACCAUGAUCAGGUAACAACCUGCACAAAUGAAAUCAGGCAAUUGAUCUCCACAUCAAAUGGGAAUGUAAUGUUCUGAUAGAAUUUGAACAGAAGAAAUCCAACAACCUUCAGCCUUGAGGGAAUAUACAUACCAAUGAUUUCUAAAUGAAAUGAAAUUAUCCUACCCUCCCACUAACUCAUUUCUUAAGUGCACAAAUCAACAGCUUUCUUCUCACCAUUAUUUAUGGAUGUACAUUUUCAUCUUUGAUUUCAUUUUGGAACAUCUUGGGAAGAGAUGAUUAUUAUAUGAAGGAAAAUUCUCAUAUCAAUGAUAUUUGGAUACCUGGAAUACUAAUGUAUUUGAAGAGAUAAAUCUUAAUGCGAUGUUGUUUUAAGUGGUUGAAGAAUAACAAGAAUUACAUUUGGUUAUCAGAGAUGUGAAACAAUGCCAGGGUCCUUAUGAUUUCCAUGCUCACUAAAAUGUGCACAUUCAAAGUUAGAUUUCCAUACUGAUUGAGAAUUGUUCUUUCCAGUUUUGAUAACAAUAAUUGGUUUCUUGAAUAGAAAAAAAGAUAAUUCUAAUGUAUGCAGAAUUUUAAAGUACCAUAAUCUUUCUUAAAUUUUCAAAUCCAAUUUUUGUUGAAAGUAAACUGUUUGACUCACUGUGAUACAUCAUUUAAAUGAAUAAUAAAUAAUUAUUGGGUUAAUACCUACUGUUUUAACCUGUUUGGACUAUUCUUCAAUUCCCUGUCCUUGUGUCAUAUAUUUUCAUGAAUUUGUCUGAGGGUUUUAAAGGUAAAUGCAUUAGAAGUUUUGAUUAGCAGAUGAAUGUUAUCAUAGAUGCUACCCUGAAGUUUGCAGAGAGCACUUUUGCUGCGACUUAUUGAAUGUAAUGUUUCAAUAGAAAUUUAACAUGUUAAUGCCUGUUCGAAAGGAUUUUGGCUUGAUUUUGACUUGCUGAGAUGGAAUGAAGGCGAAGUAUGGACUUGAUAAAUUAAAUUCUCUGCCAAGCAAAACACAUUAAUAAAUUCUGACCAUUGCAUUCAACAUUUAAAUUCAUUGAUUGUGCCAAAGUUAGAAAAUUCAGCACCUUUUUUGUGCUAAGUCCUUUAACAAUUUUCCCAGCUUAAAUUUUUGUUUGAUAUUCAGCAGCUCAAGCAGAGUUAGGAUGAAGGUGAAUUUAUAUUCCAGACAUGAGAUGUGAUGAGGAAUAAAUUUAGAAAGUUGUAAAUUCUGUCUGACUUAAUUAUUUAUUAAAUAAAUGCUUGUGGAGUUGAAUAAAUGCUUGUGGAGUUACCAUGCCAUCAGAGUGUUGGCUCUGACUGGUGUUUAAUUUCUAUUCUGGUUCUACCAAACCUAUUUUUCCUGCUUAAGGAGCUUCUGUGAGAUUUCAAAGGUUAUAAUAUUACCUCGAAUACAUCUGACUCAUCUUCUCAGAAAAAAUGUACCUCUAAUUUUCUCAAUAAUGUAUUUUGAGGCCUAUGAGAUGUUUCAUUUCACUUUCAAAAUAACCAUAAUGGGUCUUUUCUGUUAAAUGUGUUUGAGUGACAGUUGAACCUUUUUCUACACCAAAAUGAGUGAAAAAAUAAAGUUACUGAGGUCAAUCAUAUUGUGUUUAUAUUCUUAUUCAAAUGUAUAUAGACAUGUGUCUAGCAGAAAAUUGAACUCUCAAUUUUAUAAAGUAAAAAUUAAUUUGUGUUUAAUGGGUCAAACUAAUAGGUACAAGAUGCACAGCAUGAAAAACAAGAUAAUCGUCUUUGUGAAUUUUCCAGACUGUGCUUUAGGAUUUUAUAAUUUCAUGAAGAAUAAAAGGAAGUGACCCCUCAAUCUCAUCAAGAAAAUGCAAUCCUUAGUCUGGUAGUCUUGGAUGAUUUACUAUACUGUCUUCAAUCAAGUGCUUUGAGACUCCACUCCCAUACAAAAUAUUCUAUAUCCCCCUCCCCUUAAGAGAGUCAAGUACAACUUGAUAUAAUUCAUCCCUAUAACAUCAAAUACUUUGUCUCUCAAUGUUUUAUUAUUGUAUUAGAGAAAGGCCCAUUAAAAAUCAAUCACUAAAAUAUAUUUUGAUUAAAACCCAAUUUUAAAAUUCUUUACCAAACUAAAGUAUAGGGGUUUGUCUGGUUGUAAUUGCAGUUUUUUCUUUAUGUGAAACAAUAUAUAUGCCUUGAAAAUCUUGAGAUUAAGAUGUUGAGUUUGUUUGUCAGUAAUUACAUGUGAAGGAAAAACAGGAAUUACAAAAUGUUUUUUUUUGUAGCAAGAAGCUGCAUAAAAGAAAAAAAAUGUAAUGGUUCAUCCUAUAAUCAAGGCUUGUUUUAUUAAAUCAGCAAAUCCUUUCAUACAUCGAGAAUGAAAGCAAAAUAAAAUACACCCUUUUUUCAUAAGUCUUAAGAGAUUAGCCUCAUUCAGACGUAGGCCAUUUUGGUCGGUGGAAAGUUCGGGGUAGUGCCCGUGUUGGAAAGAGUUGCUCUUGACCUUCCUACCUCCGACAAACCUGUUCAGACUUGGGUUCGUAGUCGGAGUAAAAUUCUAUUGAGCAUGGAUUGGAAUUCCAAUGAUAUUUAUCUUAUCACGACCCAAGCAAUCACAAGACAAACUUCCACAUGGAAAAAAAUAAUGAUAAUGUAUCUGAAAUAAAAUUUUACUCUGACCAAGAACCCAUGUCUGAACGAGACUGUUGUCUUAAUCAUUGGAUUUGCUAUCAUUUCUUUUAAAGGAAAAUGAAUAUUGAGGUCAUUAGAUUAAAAUCCUAGUAUUAUAAUUUUGAAUUUUUAAAUGUCUAUAUUUUAAUUGUCAGAAUAUCACAUAAAAGUUAUGUCAAAUUGUGUGUAUUCUGAAGUUUUUCUCAUGCACAUUUAAAGACAGCUGUGGCUUAAUAUUUGUAUAUAUUAAAUGUUAAUACAAAACUUA